AGGAGGCUAGGAGGGAGGGCACCAAGGGUGGAAGGAUGGAUGGAAGGGAGGGAGAAAGCACGAGCGGGCCCUUUCUCUGGCCUCCAGAGUGCGUCCUGUGCAGUAACAGCGGAUGAGAAAUCGACCACUUGGUAACUGACACUUAGCACAGUGUCAGGCACUGCUCACGCACGCGCAAAAGCGAGCAAGUCCCAGCCCUACAGGAUGACCUACGGCCUCCUGACGCCUUUACACCGGCUGUCCAGCCCUUCUUCUGGGGGAAUGACCUCUCCGAGCCUGCCCAGUCUCCGGGGCUCCCUCUCCCCUCCGCCUCUCCGGCCCGGCCCGGCCCGGCCCAGGCAGCAGCUGACCGGAGGUGGAGAGGCUUGGGGUUGAGAGGGCAGGGCAGGAGAUCCGGCAUCAGAGACCACCGGACGGGCUUCGGGAGCCUCAGGGUCGGCCCUGCUCAACCUGGCCCAGGAAAAAUUACCAAACGAUGAACCCUCAUCUCCCAGCAACGGCCAGGCCAGAACAGGGGCGAUCCUGGGCAUGCGCACUUACAGGUCCCUGUACUACAACGAAGUACUACAAUUCCCAGAAGGCAAAGCGCGAGAAGCGCUUGGCCGAUGGUUACAGAAAAGCCGGGCCUCCGACAGGUCUCCGAAGUGUCCUCUCGCUGUUGCUUCUUGUACCACUGUCGGUCUCCAUGUGGGUGGGUGGAUAGAACCCCUGCGGACUCCCUUUGCGCAUGCUGACUGCCGGGGGCCUUUGUCCUUUCCCCUCAAGGGCGACUUGUACCAAGGCAGGGAUGCUCCCAGUCCUCCUGAUAAUCCAGCCCUUCCAGGACUUGCUGUUUCCAAACCAGAUGUGAUCUGCCACUUGGAGCAAGGGGAGCCUCCUUGGGGGCCAGAAAGUCAAGUCACAAGGACCAGUUUUCUAGAUUGGGAGGAUAUUCCUGAAAGCAAGGAUUCCUGUCCAAAGCUGGGCAUUUCUGUCGAACCUUCAUCCCAGGAAGAAUGUGCAAAGGUUCAUCUCUUUGUCUCAAAUCUGAAAAAAGCUUUGGGAGGUAAUGCCAGUUUACAGAACACUGAGGAGAAAUAUUCUUGGAUUCAUUUUGGAAUGAAUAAAUGUCUCAUCUGUGGCCUGUCCCUCUACAACAAGGCAAGCCUUAUUCGACACGUGAGAAUUCAUACUGGAGAGAAACCUUAUAAAUGUAAUGAAUGUGGGGAUGCUUUCUGUGAAAGUGUGAUCCUUGAUGUUCAUCAAAGAAUUCAUAGAUCUUUUGAAUGCCAUGAAUGUGGGAAGACCUUCUGCUCAAAGGUUGGAGUUACCCGUCAUGAGAAAAUUCAUACUGGAGUAAAACCUUAUGGAUGCCACGAAUGUGGGAAGUCCUUCCUUCAGAGGUCCUAUCUUACUCAACAUGUGCAGAUGCAUACUGGGGAGAAACCUUUUAAAUGUCACGUGUGUGGGAAUGCCUUCCUGCGGAGGACAGGUCUUAAGGAACACGUGAGAAUUCACACUGGAGAGAAACCUUAUAAAUGUAAAGAAUGUGGGAAGGCCUUCUCUGCCAGGAAUUGUCUUUAUUUGCAUAUGAGAGUACACACUGGAGUGAAACCUUACGGGUGUCACAUGUGUGGGAAAGCCUUCUCUUCCAGGAAUGAUCUUACUCGACAUGUGAGAAUUCACACUGGAGAGCGACCUUAUGAAUGUCACCAGUGUGGUAAGGCCUUCAGCCAGAGAGGAUCCCUGACUCGACAUAAGAGAAUCCAUACUGGAUAGUGACCUUAAGAGUCUUAGACAUCAUCAAGUCUCUGUUCAAUUCAAUUAUUAAGCAUCUGUGAUGUACAAAGCACUGUGCUAAGCCCUUAGGGCUACAACCUUAAACAUGAAAGUCAUUGUCUUCCAAAUAGAAGUAAAAACCAAGUAACAUAAGGAAUGUGAUAAAUGUGAGAAUAUCUUCCACUGGAGCCUACAGUAUAUGGGCUAGUCCAAAAUAAUUCACACAGGGGAGAAGUGUGCAUGAAAUGGACAUGAGAAAGAUUUCAGCAAGAACAUAGAAUUUCAGGGUUAGGAGGAAGCUCCAUAGCAUCUAGUGCAGCCAAUAUGUGAGAAAGAAUUCUACCUAUCCCCUCCUUGAGAAAGGGUCCCAUAGAUCUUGUUUUCGAGAUAGCCAACAAGUAGGAAAACUUACUGCUUGACAAGACAGCCUGUUCUAGACUGGGGAAGCUCCAAUGCUUAGGAAUUUCCUCAGUUUAUCAAGCGUCCAUUUCUCUUUCCCCCUUCAACUCAUUUCUCUUCCUUGGGCCUUUGGCUACCAAACAGGAAAAGUUUGAUGCCUUUUACAUGUGACAGUCCUUUAAGUACUUGAAGACAGCUGUUGUGUGUGUAAUUUAAGAUUCUAAAUGUGGAUUCUAAUCUGUUCCCCCAGUUUGGGGGAAACUGACUAAAAAUCACUGAU